AUGAUCGUUCAAUUUGCUACAGUACAGCUAUGGUCUGCUAUUACCGGAACUCGCCCCGGUGUCUUGCUUCCACAAGACACCUCUUUACCCGACAACUCCUCCCUUGGCAAACGCAAACGAACCCACACGUUUGAAAGUGAUCUUCCGAAGUAUAUUUCGUCGAAAGACCUUCCGGAUUCCGUCUGCUAUCGUGAUAUUGAACUUUUUUACUUGAAAGAUCCUCAAAGCAAACGGGACGUUCUCUGUGCCAUCAUAGAGUUCCGCAAUCUCAAGGGUCGACCGGAAGGCGCCGAUGGGUAA